CGGAUGAAGAAAAAAGCAAUUAGAGUCUAAUGUGUCUAGUAUCACACUGUCACCAUUGAUUGCUUACGAGUAUGACGUUCAUUAUCGUUCAUGACACGAUACUGAACUCUCACUGGUCACGGAUCAUGCUUUCCAUAUGAUAAUAAUGCCCGUUUAGUAGAGAGAGCAUCUGAGCCUAGAUUUAUAUAGAGAUUCAAGACAAUGACUACAAACGAAAAGCGCUUCGUCAACGCACGAUGUUAUAAUAUCAUCCAUACUUUAAAUACUGUUUCAGUAGUACUUUAUAUUUUUUCUACAAAGCAUCAGGUCAUGCUAGUUGAUCCUUCUACAACCGCAAAAAGUAAUGCGGUAACGACAUUCUAUAUCGCAUUCAUGCCAAUUGAUCCGUUUUUAGACAAUCUUCCUGGACACAGCGCCAAUCUUCCGUGUUGGAAACAUUGGAAACUUUUCUACACUCAAGAUGGACUUAAGCACUACGUGAUGGAAAUCAAUCCAAACACAGGUGUACGCCAUAGCGCUGUGUACAAACGAGGCGAGCCAGGUUUUGAUAACAAGCAAAAGUUAUUCGACGUAGUUUUUCCGUUCAAUUUAUUACGUUUCAAGCUCUACAAUGCAUUUUACAAUGACAAGUACGAUAUAGCCACCAGCAACUGCAAGCACUUUGUUUUACGCGUUGUCAAGUUCUAUCUAGACAAGUUUUUCCAAACCGAGAACAAGACGAUGCUAGCGGAUGAAAUUCUUGCCCUUGGCUAUACCGCCAUGAACAUGUGCUUCCUCCAAUUACUUUGUGCUUCCUCCUCUUCUUCCACUGGCUCAGUAGCUUUCGCUGGUUACAUCUGGUCACAUCUUCUGCUAUUAUCAUCAUCGACAAAGUUCGUGCAGCCAAAAUCUUUGGAGGAGGAGGAGAUGAAAGAAGUGGAAGCAUCAUUACCACCAUGGCCUCCAGAAUUGGAACGCAGUGGCUAUCGUACUCCCGAACAUAUACGUGUUGCUUUACGAAUGGGCUUUCCUAUCCCCAAGAGUGAUACUAGUCAUAGGCGUCCGUAUAAUUAAUAGCUUACAAGCAGCUACAAUGAAUUUAUUCACCUUAGUAACUAUACUUGUCUCUGCAUAAACUCAAAAUAUAUACCAAAUAAACACAAAGUGUCAAUACCACUGCGAUAUGUAGCUUGUCAGCA